CAGGCUUCCUACAAUACUCUAUCACAACCACCAAUACUUGGAUGACUAGCGCCAGCGAGACUCGCUCUGCGACGCUCAUUGCGUGGCUCAAGCGACUGGAAGACGAGCACAAGAGCAGCGCUACUUUCAGUACUAUAAAGCUGCUGACCAUUCAUCUACUCGGCGCCGACCACCGUGAAGGCAACUCUGGAGCGGAAACCUUCGAGGUCUUCCGGAACUUUACACGGCAUGUAGCCUAUGCGACUCACGUGACUUCGCUCAAGCUGGUGCUGGUGGGACCCAAUCUAGCCAGAAAACUACACCUCACCGAAUUCUCGCAGGAGUACAGUGAAUCGUACAAGACGUGCAGUGUGGACAUCAGCUACUUCGUGGGCGGCUUCGAGGCUUACUUCGAGGACAAAACGCUCUAUUGCGAGCCAGACCUUGCGGUAUGCUUCAAUGCCGGUAUAUGGGGCUACGAUGAGUGGCUUCCAGCCAUCAGACUAGUGCUGAAUGAGGUACGCGUGCCACUGCUAGUAACAUCGUACAACGAACACGAAGCUGGAGACGACGAGGACGUGCUGGACGAGCUGAUGCCAUUCAUAUGGCUCUGGCGGGCAGAGAAGAACCCGUGUGGGGCUAUCACACCGCGUGCCACAAACAACGAAGAUGGAUCUGUUCUAAAGGAGAACGACUACUGGAUGUGCCUGAGCGGUAGGCAGCAGUGAGGCGGGUGGACAUGUAAAUCUAUCAUCGAAAUUCUAGUCGAGGAAUUCGCACAGCACACCAAGCAUGUUCAAAAGUAGCCUAUCUUUUUUAUCUCUUUAUGCUACGUAGCGUUGCAGGCCCUUUACGGAUGCGGCGGAUUAUC